AUGACUACACAACGAGAUUGGCAACGCCGGGGAGAAGUAAUUCAACAGCUGGCAUGGUUCAAGUGUGAUUCGCCAUGCAUCCAUGUCCAAGUCACCUAUCCCCAAUUCCUUCUGGUCAUUCGGAAGCGACGGCAGUGGAUCCGGAACAGGCCAUAUUCCAUCAAGAUCUGGAAGUUCAUCAUCAUAAUCAUCAAAACCCGCCCCUGCUCAGCGACCUCCAGCCCAUCAUCCUCCCCUCCCCCGACACCCUCCAGCUCGCUCUGCUACCUCCAGGCCCUCCUUGCCGCCCAGCCCCCAAAGACCAAAGCCGCCCAGUCAAAGAUCGCCAUCUCCCCCUCCCUCACCGACCGGACCACCGGCCUUGGAUCCUUCUCCUCCCAGCCCACCGGGAACGCCUCCAACCACGACUACCGCAUCUCCGACUCCGCCGCCGGCCUGCGCACCCAAUACCUCAUCACCAACCUCGCCCCCGCCACCAACUACUCCCCCGGCCCGGUGGUCGACAACGUGCCCACCGGGAGACUGUGGCCGUACAUCUCCUUCCGGACCAAGUCCACUAAGAACUGUAGACUACUCCACGACCUGCCCUUCUGUCCCUCGGUCGCCUACGCCGUCCCGGCCAGCCCGAGCCUGUCGACGAGCGCGGUGGUGGCCCAAUACAACCGCAGCGUCAGCGGCCAUCUGGCCAACUUCUGCACGGUGGUCUCCACCUACCCGUGCAACAACGACACCAGCGGCCGGUACUCCUUUGUCACGGGCUGCGGGGACUGUUUGCGGGCGUACACGGACUGGGCCUGUGCGGUCGCCCUCCCGCGCUGCGUCGACCCUCCUGCCGCGUCCCCGGAGGCCCCAGGGACCCCCACACAGGUAGUGUUCGCCAGACCCGACCCCGCCCAUCGCUACGCGUCUGCCGAGCAGAACUGGCUCUCGAAGGUCUGCCUCCAACAGGCGCCCCAGCUCGUCGGCUGGGCGCGGAUCAAAGACUACAGCGCUGUAUCCAGUAAGACUCGUCUUCCUCCUACUGCAACCCUCCCCUCUGACGAAGAAGUGCAGGCGAUGCUGCGUGGCAGAGCCCAGGAGGCCCCGGGUGAUGAAGAUGAAGAUGGUGCCGCAGAUGGCUUCUAA